AUGCUAACCACAUCGCCUAAACGCGGGGCCCGUAAACGCGUGUCUAACGAGCCGCAAGGGCACCGAGAAGACACCAGCGUUCUCGAACCGACCACCCCGGUACGGAGGUCGACCACCUCUGCCCAGAGACCGACCACGGAUCGCCCGGAACUGUGGAAGGACGUCAGCAGCACCUACUGGGGUCCGCCCAGGCAGCAGGCCGCGGCUCCCUCGAUGGAGAGCGUGCAGACGCAAUACCCGGUCGAAUCGCUCUUCUCCGACGGAGAGGUCGCGUACGGGUCCGACGCGGUCGCGGAUGCAUACCAGUCACUCGCGCAAGCCCUCACAUCACACGAAGUCCUACAGGCCCUCAACAUGGUGUCAAGCGCGCUGGCUAGCGCCAGCGAGCAAGACACACCACUCCCCGAGAUACCGAAGAGCCUCUCCAGCGCCGUCACCCAAAUUGCUAACAUCUGCUCGCCAUGGACUUCGAUCUACAGGACAUUAGGCGCACAGCACCAGAUGAUGAACAACGGCUUCGAGACCAUCGUAAAACUGACGCGCGAAGCCAGGAAAGAGGCAACCUCUCAAGCCCGGAAGAACGAGGAACGGCUCGACCGCCUCGAGCGAGCCCUAGACGACAUCAAGAACAAGCCACUCCCCCCUACCCCCCAACCACAACCACAUGCCGCCAGCACGCCUCCGCCGCCGACGACUCAGUCGAAGACGCGAAAGGCAGCGACGACGCCAAAAGCACCCUCCAACAACACGCUGGAGGCGGACCACCCCAGCCGCCUAGCCCUAGAGAUUCGGCCCGGGGGCCUACCCAAGGAAAAGCGGAUGGACGAGCUCGCGCUUCGCGACCGUAUCAACAGCGUCCUGCGUGACAUCGUCGAUCCGGCGAAGGUCCAGGUCGCAGGUACGAAGUGGAACCCGCAAGGGAACUGCAUUGUCGUGACGCGCCAGGACCAGCUAGCGAGCGACCUGAUCGAACAUGUCCCGAAAUUCGCAGAGCUCGUCGGCCAGGGAAUGGAGGUCAUCCCUCGACUCACCGCAAAGUGGCGCCGGCUCAUGAUACACGAUGUCCGCACGGGGCUCUUCGACGAGUUCAUGCCGGGCCUUCACACCCCCGACCAGAUUAAGUCGGAGCUCCUAUCGAACCCCGUAUUCAGCACCCUCAAGUCGCUCGCUGAGGAACCGCGCUGGCUACGCCGACCACAGGACAUUGUGACGCCCAGGUCGACGAUUAUCUUCGCAGUAACGAGCGAGGAGGAAUACAAGAAGUUACUCAAGGCCAAGAUCUUAUGGGUGUACGCGUACUACCACCCUCGAGACGACGUCGAGAUCACUCUGCGGUCGGACAUAGUCACCCAUCGAGACAUCAUGAUUCUCGACGUAACGCAGGGCGACGACAUCACCACUAUAGUACACAUUUACAACGACCGCCGCCUCCCGGCCGCGCAACAGGCUUCCCAUCUCAUAGCAGACCUUACUCUCCCAACCCACCACCCCGUGCUCAUCCUAGGCGACUUCAACCUCGACCACCCUCUCUGGUCGACGGAGCCCUCUCGCACGUCGGCUGGGGCCGACGAACUGGUGGACUGGAUGUCAGACAACGGGUAUGCUCUUCUGAACAAGAAAGGCUGCCCGACCCACUUCCCGCGACGCACGGCUGCUGCACCGUCCGUUCUCGAUCUAACAUUCGCGAACGGCCCGGCACAGCAGCUAGACGCGGCAAAGGGGUGGGCUCUGGCACCACAGUACCAGUACAGCUCCGACCAUAUAGGUAUCACCUUUAGCCUGGACUACGGCGUCACCCCCAUUGAGAAUCUCACGGGAGAGCGCUACAACGUGAAGGAAGUCAAGCCCAAAGAAUUCCGAGCCGCGUUGCAAGAGGAGAUUCACCGACGGCAAGGCGCACUCGAGAAGUUGAUGGACUUAGGCCAGGAGGUGUCGACGGACGACCUUGAAGAUGCCACCACCGCCAUCACCGACGCUAUUCAGGCGACUCUGCGAAGGGUCGCGAAGAUA